AUGGGCACUGUCUCGUUCCAGGACAGAGCUCGCUCCUACGGGGAGGAGCUUCUGCUGGACCCUCGUCACCACACUUAUCCCUUACAACACUGUCUUCUGCUCGCUUUGGAGAGGUUUCCUGGUCAGAUGCUCGCUUUUCCUGACGGCCUAAAGAGUUUCUCGCUGAACUUGUUCCUCUGCUGUCGGCAUUACAAGGCCGAGAAGAAACGAGCUGGGACCCUUUCCCUCGAAUGGCUCCACGACGCUAGACGUGAUCGACCUUCGGAUUGCGAUGAGCGCCUAAGAGCCCCAUCUACCCUCAUUUUGGACUCGCCAGGGGAGAGCCGGCGUGUGCCUUUAUCAUGGUUCGGCGAAUGGCGAGUCGAACUCUCACCCCCUCUUCUACUAGAAUCAAUCGGUGAUCUCCGGGAAAGGCCUCUUUCAGAAACGUGCAACUGCCUAUUCGCACUGGCUGCUUCUGCCACUCUCCCCCCACUUCCAGACCUUCGGCUAGACCUCUCAACAAUCGGUGAGCGUCGCGCAGUGGCUGGUGAAUGUCUUCUUCGGGCCCAACUGCCUGACCUACUAGCACUCUUCGACCACUUUGAAUUUCGCCCUUGCGACCGAGAUCGCUGA